CAUACAUAAAAAGAGGGGGAAACGAUUCAUCAUGACGCCCCCAACUAUUUCUCGUUUAUUCAGGCGUCCCUGCAUGUCUGACACUUUAUAAAAGUUGCAGAUAUCUUUGGGCCAGCACAUUACGUCCUUAAUUAUCCAGAGCAAAAAGACUUUUUUGCAAACAUGGCGCCUAUUUCGGUACCACCGGUUCAAGCGACUUUUAGUAGCGCAAAAACUGGUGCUAUACGUGACCCGUCGACAGACGACGUUGCCUCAGAGUUUCCUCCUUGGAGGGCGGUAUUGGAGGAAUGCAUCCACAAGAAUUAUCAGCAAGGUGCCGGGGAUGUCCAAGUUUCACUGGCCACCAUCCGCCCUUUUGGGCGGCCUGCCAAUCGGGUGGUCAAUUUUAGCGGCUUUAUGACAGACCUUCCUCUUGCCACUGGCACGCCCCAAGCUGGGGCAACUGAAAUCAAAAGAGCCAGCACGCCAAAACCAGUAGCAAACAGUAAAAUCGGCACGGCUCUCUCGUCCUUUUUGGCAGAAUUGAUGAGCAGCAACGAGUACGAUGAUACCUUGAUCGAAUCCAUAAUGGGAAGCAAGGCCCGAACCAAAUGUGAUCCCCGUGCGAGAUUGAAUGAAGCGAUUUUGUUUGCUGUUGAUGCUAGGAGUAAGGUUGUGGAGGAUGCGUUGUUUGGGAGCAGGUUUACCGAGGCGUCUUGGCCCAUGCCUCACAGUCCAGACCAAUUUCGCCUCUCAGGUACCCUUCACGUCAUUCUUCCCCCUUCCCACCCCUUACAUGGGACAGCCCAGAUUGCACCGCCAAUGUCAACUUCCAACGACAUUGAUUGGGAAGCUAAACGCCAAAGCACUUGGGCCGCGCUUCCCGCGCACCGACGCAACAGCCUUUCCAAUCCAUCCCUAAACACGGUCGGCCGCCCUCUACGUCGAUUCUCCAUUGUGGAGUCCUACCCUUCCGAACUGCUGAGUCAAUCCGGUAAAAUGGUAGCGGAGCCUCAAGAGUCACCGGAGGAGACAAGGGAAAAUAACUUGGCCUUGCUGAUCCUGGAAGUCGAUGGGGUUGACCAUCUGGAUGGACAUGGCACUGGCAAGAGGACGAAAUACAGGAGAACAGUCGGUGCUGAGGGACAGGUGGAGGACGACAUUAAUUCUUAUGAUGAAAAAGUGAGAAAGGUGAAGCACUGGUUGAUUCAGGAUAUGAGUGCGUGAGCCUAGGGGAAUCAUGAAUCUUUAGCCAAGUACAUGUAUGGACUGUCGUGUGUGUGUAUUGAAAAUCGUUUCCCUUCUCUUGUUUGUAACACAUUUCACUCGCCCUGCUGCCAGAAAUCUCUUGUAUUCUUGGACCGUUCAAACGGCUGUUGGCCACUCACCCGUAAUCGGGAUGGUUCGGCUGGGGAGAGAUUGCUGAAUAAAUGUCUCCCGAAUUUUAUCAGA